GCCCCACGAUCGGUCACUGUAACCAUCCAGUCUGUGCACCAAACGCCACCCCAUCAUGUGAAGAUAAAUCGGGUAAGCAGCGACUUGGAUCCAAGUCGUGUGGAUGUUGAGAAUAUCGGAUGAUAAAUGGUUGGAAUAUCUCAUCCAAAGUAUUAAGAUGACACAAUUGAUGCAGCACUUGGACCACCGCCGCCGCCGUUCCAAUCCAAGUUGAACUUUUCUUCCUCUGCAAAAUGGAUUCGUUGAAAGAUGUAAAGCUGAGUCUGGAUGAUUCGACUGGUGUUGCCAUCAUCCGUCUUGAUCGUCCAGCCAAACGGAACGCUUUCUCGCAGAACACGAUUCACGAGCUGGUCUCGGCUUUGAGUCACCUUGAUGCUUUGGACUCUGUACGAGCUGUCAUUUUAGCAGGCAACCCGGACGGACCAUUUUGCGCGGGCAUGGACAUCAAUGAGCUAUCACAACUCAACACCUUGGCUGCUCACGAACGUUCGUUUCUCAAAGAUCUGACGGAUGCGUUUGACCAAUUCACAAAGCCCAUCAUAGCCGCGGUCAUCGGGCUUGCUCUUGGUGGAGGGUUCGAAUUGGCAUUGGCUGCAGACAUCAUCUAUGCUGCAGACGAUGCACUAUUUGGUCUCCCCGAAGUCAAAAUUGGCACCAUCCCUGGCGCUGGGGGUACACAAAGAUUGGCCAGAGCGUUGGGCAAGCACAAGGCUAUGGAAUUGAUCUUGACUGGCGAUUCCAUCUCAGCUUCGGAGCUCGCCCAGUACGGACUUGUCAACAAAGUCUUUCCCCGUCAGGAAGUGGAGAGUGAAAGUAUUAAACUCGCUCAGAGACUUGCGACCAAAUCAGCCCCCGUGCUCAAGUUCGGCAAGAAAGCUGUUCUCACCGCCGAGAACACACAUCUUGAAGCCGGCAUGUCGUUGGAAAAGUCUUUGUAUUAUUCGACCUUUGACUUGGGAGAUUUCCGUGAAGGACAAGCCGCGUUCUUGGAGAAGAGAUCUCCACGUUUCAAUCUUGGAUAAGCGAAUGGUGGUUUCUCGGGGAGUUAUUGCAGCCUAGACUAGCAGUUUUUUAUCAUCGAUUGCAAAUCUCUACAGCUCGUGGCCAACA